GGUUGGCCGCCAGUCCACAGCAGGCGCUUUGGAGCGGCGGUCGGGCCGCGGGAGGAGCCCUGGCCACGACGGGUCGUAGGCGGGCGAUCCACAGUGGGUGCCGCCGCGAGAGGAGCUCUGGCCUCGGCGGGUCGUAGGUGGGCGAUCGAGUGGGUGCCGCCGAGGAGUUCAACAUGGUCGUCUGCCGCCGCCACUACCUGUUGGGUCGCUCCUCCAUGGUCAGGACCUCCCUGUUCUGCGGCGCCAUAUUCUGGAUGGUGAUGUGCGGCACGCUGUCACCCCGUAGACAAGGGACGACUCACUCCUCGGCUGACGUGGCUCUGGAGCCAAUUGACCAGCCCCACGCCCAGCACAAUGAUUGGGAAGAAGAUCGGAACUCCCUGGGCCACAUCGCGACUAGCAGUGGUGCUGGGAAAGGCUCAAGAGAAUCACAGAAGAGUUUCCCUCUAUUUACAAACACAUUUCCAGUGGCAUCGAAGGGCGAAAAUGCGAGAAAAAUGGAACACAAUCCGCUCAGCUGUUUCACAAACCGCACUACGCCAUCAAAUCAGCGGCUGUUUACCGAGAAAGAGAAGGUCAUGUUCCGCUACCUGUUUGACUGGCCGGAGGUACCGACCAGCUCCUGCAAACGCAUGUUCAAAAUGGGUGGCCUGGCCAGCGGCAAGGACUGUCUGACCGACGGCGACAAGCACGUCUGUCUCGACGAGCCGCUCUCGUUGGCAGCUGCCCACGACGACUGCCUCAUCUACUCGUUCGGCAUCAACUACGACUGGAGCUUCGACGAGGCCGCCAGGGCCUUCGGUUGCGAGGUGCACUCGUUCGACCCCAGCAUCGACUACCCCGAGGGCAGACGCUCGGACGGCAUCACCUUCCACCACUUCGGCAUCGGCCGUCAGAAACACGUCAACAUUUUCGGCUGGCAGAUCUACACCCUCGACCAGAUCAUGGACAUCCUCGGCCACAAGGGGCGCACCAUCCACUACCUCAAGAUGGACGCCGAGGGCGGCGAGUUUGACAUGAUGGCGCAGCAGCUGCUGGACGGCGACGGCGAAUUCGUUCUCGACAAGGUCGAACAAAUCGGCUUCGAGGUACACUUCAAGCUUGAUCCUAACCUUGAGAUGGCUUUCUAUCGACGUGCCAACAGAUCUGUGCACGCCUUACGGCAGCUGGGCUUCAACAUGGUUCACUGGGAGUACAACAAGGUGGUAAAGGAACGGUACCUGUACCCGGGCGUGGAAAGACCCGUGAGUCUGCUGUACGAAAUUCUGCUCAUCAAAAACGGUCCCGACAGAUGGGAUCGCUCGUCGCGAGGCCGGCGAGAGCGGCAAGUCAUAGCGGCGCUGGCAAAAAAGGCGCUGACGCUUACCAGGUCGCUGGUAGCAGGCAAAAUCCGCGCGUGAUGUUACGCUUUCGUCUGGGAAGCCCGAACGGCACCAGCCGUUCGGAACUGUCGCGAUCACGCUGCGCUGUCGGCAUUGUGAUGGGACUGGGUCAGCUGAGUAAAGUACUGUUAUCCGAACAAUGCGCCGUUGUUGCGGAAACUCACGCUCGUGGUAGACUCCGUGACUGGCUCACGAUUCGGCGUAUGCCGUGAAAGGAGCGCUGACGUGAACAUCUGGUGACAUUCAGUGUCAUAUGCACUCAGGGUAUAAUUGUUAAGCUGCCAUUUGACGAAUGCCCAUACACGUAGAUAGAAACAUAGUGUAACAGAUACUCAAUAUUUAUGUAUUUGUUUGUCCUCGCUUUAGCAGGCAAUAGCUCUUACCUACUACAGAAGGGUCAUUGGUUCCUUUCCCUCUUCUUCAACCUCUGUCCCCAGGCUACGAUGGCGGUGCGAACAGAGUGGUUAGCUAGAUGUAUAAGGCCUUCCAUGAUCCCACACACUCCUUUUGUCAUAUUUCUAAAAUCCAACAACACUGCCUGACGAGAUAUCCUAUUUCCCCACUUCUAAAAGCGAUCACUUGGAAAGUGAGAUGGCGGGCGGCGGCAGCGCGGGCGGGGGUGACGCCAUCUGUUUUGACCCACGGAUCUGCAGUAGAGGCCACGCCGUGACCCACGGAUCUGCAGUAGAGAGCCACACCGUAGCUGUCAGUGUCGCCUCCGCCGUAUACUUGCCGCCGUCGCCGGCUGGACUGCUGCCGCCGCCGAUCUGUCGGUUGCCCGCCGGCUGCCGUCGGUGCCUCACCCGUAGUUUCUGCGUAAGCGAGCGAGUGUUUGUUCCGCUCUGUCGCUGCCAGUCAAGGUCUUGUGUUCGUGUUCCAUCGCUGCGAUGUGCAGUGAAAUGUUCCGCGAGCGUCGCCUCGAGAUUCCUGAUUAUUCGGACCUGUCAGCCUGUGUUUGCCGUUUUUGUUAAUUAAAAACGUUACGGUAGCGAUUAGAGCUCACAACCAACACACAGCUGGUGGAGCAGCUGGAAAUUACAGCCUAACCGACUACGCCACCAGUACAGUAUAUAAUGAAUCACAUAUUUAUUACAGCAUCCCAGAAUUGGUAGGUAUAUGAUAUAUAUUUCUUGCAAGUGUGGCUGUGCUAUAUAUUUGUGGUAAAUGUAUGUGGUAAAAUGUGGUAAAUGUAUAAAUUUGUUAUUGCUAUGCUUAGUUUAUUAUGUAGAGCAUGGCUCUCCUCUCUGCCGCUUGGUUGCUGAUGUGUGACAUGAUUAUAAUGUAUAAUAUAAUAUGUAAUGAAAUUGGCCAAAUAGGUACAUGUAACAGAUUGUUCCACGGACAAGUCAUCUGGCUGAUCCCGUUUAUAGUGACCCAUGUUUUCAUGUUCUGCUAUAUUGCUCCCAUGUUUUCCUGUUCAGAAAAUAAAGUCAGUCAGAAAAUAUA